CGCACGUAGCUGUCAGUAGGAAAUGCAGGCUGGUGUUAGAUGUAGCCGUGCCGCUGUGCUUGGAUACAUUUAACAAAUAAAUUCCGUUUUGUUUCAGAAUGAACACUAUAAAUUAGAAUGAUUAUUUGAAAAAGGAAAGAAUGGUCGCAAAAAGAGCGCCUGUCUAACCGAGGUUGCAGGACUGGAGCUGUGGCGGGGGGAACUUACGGAUAGGAACCCCCUGGCUAUCCAGGUGGACGGAUCACAGUGACACGCCGGUGCUGGGAGAGAUCAGAGCAGAACCAUGGCCGAACUCUCCACACUAUCCCCAUCACCCCUCACGUUGGGUGAUCCUCAUGUAGCUCCAUCCAUGCCUCCAUCUUCAUCAGCGCAACCGGCUAUCAACAACCCUGUUCCAGAGUCUGCCACGGAGAAGCCCUCACCAAAGUCUUCCCUCUACACUGACAAAGUUUUGACUGGAAACACUCCUGCAGCACAGUCAGGGGGCUUACCCUUGACCACCCACCCACCUUUGAGUCCUACCAAACUCACUGCUGACACCCCCCUCUCCUUAUUAGUACAUGAGGCUUCUCCAGAGAGAGAAGAAACACCAGGGAAAGAUGCAGAGACUGUAGCUGAUGUGAUGAAGCAGGAGACAUGUGACCCACCAGCUGCAGAACUCUUGAAUAUUGAAACAGAGACCCUGGCACCGUUGAGUGAGCCAUCAGCUCCAAGUGAAGUGCCACAGGCAUCACCCUCCCCUGAUCUUAAUCCUGGUCCUAAUCUCUACCCCAAUGUGCAUGUCACCCACAAUCCAAGCCCUGUCAUGGAUGAUGGGCAAUUUACAGCGAGCCAACCCCAGAUCCCUGCAGCUUCCAAUUCCACGCCUGCUUCUGCAGCAUCCAUCGACAGCACAGCAGCCCAAGAGGAGACACCUCAGCCCCUUCAACAUGAAGAAAACCCUCAAAGUCAGCCUCCUCCUCCUCCUCCUCUCUCUCCAAAGCCUGAAACUCCCAGGGAAGCGACUAAAGCAGAACUGCCAACCACCCCCACCGGAGCCGAACACCCCAGCCCUACUGUCCCACUAAUACAAGAGCCAGUUUCUCCCUUGCCCCUCCCCAACCCCAAACCCCGGCCGGCCCCUGACACCCUCAGCUACCUGGAGUCAGCCAGCUUGAUGUCGGGGACAUUGGAGUCUCUAUCUGGACUGGGAGAGGAUGGCAGCUCUGUGGGCUCAGACUCCGAGGUCAACGGCAUGUCUGUCAGACGCACUGACAAAUAUGGCUUCCUAGGCGGGAAUCAGUACAGUGAUAGCGGUGAAAAGGAUGUUCGAGUUGAAGUUGCCAGACAGAGGGAGGUAAAAUGGCUGGAUAUGUUUCACCACUGGGACAAAUGGGUGAAACAUCGCUUCCAGAAGGUGAAGCUGCGCUGCAGGAAGGGGAUUCCCUCUUCUCUCAGAUCCAAAGCCUGGCAGCUUCUGUCCAACAGCCAAGAGCUCCUAGACGCCAACCCUGGGAAAUUCGAGGAGCUGGAGAGAGAGCCAGGAGAAGCUAAAUGGCUGGACAUUAUAGAGAAGGAUCUCCACAGACAGUUUCCCUUCCACGAGAUGUUUGCUGCUCGUGGGGGCCACGGGCAGCAGGAUCUGUACCGGAUCCUGAAGGCGUACACCAUCUACCGACCCGACGAGGGUUACUGCCAGGCUCAGGCUCCAGUGGCUGCAGUGCUGCUCAUGCAUAUGCCUGCUGAGCAAGCUUUUUGGUGCCUCGUCCAGAUAUGUGAGAAGUACCUCCCUGGCUACUACAGCGCUGGACUGGAAGCGAUUCAGCUGGAUGGGGAGAUCUUCUUCUCCCUGUUAAGGCGUACGUGUCCGAUGGCGUACCGUCAUCUGAAGAAGUUCAAGAUCGACCCGAUUCUCUACAUGACUGAGUGGUUCAUGUGCAUCUUCUCUCGCACCCUACCCUGGGCCAGUGUACUGCGUGUAUGGGACAUGUUCUUCUGUGAAGGGGUGAAGAUAGUGUUCCGUGUGGGCUUGGUUCUACUGAAACAGAUGCUGGGCUCUGUGGAUAAACUUCGAGAACUACAGGGCAUGUAUGAAACUAUGGAGCGUCUCAGAAACAUCUCGCCUGAUGCUAUCAGAGAGGACAUAUUGGUACAGGAGAUUAUAAUUCUCCCGGUGACGGAGUCCCUCAUCGAGAGGGAGUGCAACAUCCAGGUGAGGAAGUGGAGGGAGUCCAGGGGGGAGCUGACACACCAGACUGCCCGCCGCAUCCACGGUACGAGGGCCCUCUAUGAGCACAAACGCCGCGCCGCCUCCAUUAGCUCGGGCGGCAGCUUCUCUUUCUUGGGGAGCCAGAUCCCUCCCCCAGGACCCCUCAGGGCCUCGUCCAGCCUCCUCUCGCUCCCUGGCUUCCGCAGGUCCAAGGCACCUUUCCACUCCCAAACCAAGAAGGGCUCCUUCUCGGGACCGUCAGGAGUGGAAUCUCGACCUGUAGUAACAUCAAGCCCGGAACGAAGCCCCAGCCACAAACCACCAAUUCCUCCAGGGGCAGGUCAAAGGGCAGCGGCACCCCAAGUUCGGAGCCCCUUAGUCAGGGGUGCAGAUGGCUCAUCACAGGGCCCUGCUCAGGCCCCAGAAGACCCCUCAGCACAUGACCAGCCUCCUGCUUCAGCCCCAACACAAAGCACAGCCCCACCGCCCACCACUCUGUCCCCCUCCCCGAGGGUUGUCUCUGAGCAGAUAACUCCGACUCUCCCCUCUCCCACUGCUAACAACUCCACUCUGCCGCCAAUCCAAGACUCAAAGAAGGACGCGGCGACAGCGACUGAUGCCUCGACUGGAGAGGAAGAGCUGAAGAAGAAGAAGAAGAGCAAAGAAGACAAGAAGAAGGAAAAGGAAGACGAGAAGAAAAAACUGAAGGACAAGAAGGAAAAGGAAAAAGCUGACAAAGAGAAGUUGAGGAAGGAGAAAGAGAGGCUAGAAAAAGAGAAGAAGAAAGGGGGGAAGAAAAAAGACAAAGGGGGAGGAGAAGCUGAGGACAAAAACGGAGCCGCAGCGAGGGAUUCGGCCUAGUUUCCGCCCCGUCAUUCUUGGAAAAUGAAAAGGGACGCUAAACAAAUAAACAGGUCAGAUGAACAAAAGACCCCCGGAAACAGAAAGAGUGAUUAAUACAAAAAAAAUGGGAUAGCUUCCUGUGCAGCGCAUCAUUUCAAAGACUAAACGUAGUCCCAGGACUAUGGCGGGGAAAACUGGAUCAUGGUUUUAAUAGCACCUCAGGGGGUUUAGCCCCUCGCUCAACGCUUUCUUUUUCACCAAGUUUUAGUAAGAUGGGAAACGUUUCCUGUUUCAACUGGAGCAUGGACUGAAGUUCAGUCUUUUAGUUUUUAUUCUGUUUGUCGUUUUUGUUAUUUUAAUCAGAUAGGUAGCAGUGGUUAGAUGAACAUUGACUCCAUGGAUUGUUGAACUGAAGGUUUGCAGAAGUAGUUUUGGUGCCAUAGCGUAUGUAAAUAUAAAGUCUACCUACCGUACAUAGGACCCUGUUAGCACUCUACAUGCCCCCUCAUGCCUCACCUGUACACAGGUUAUCUGGAUGCCUGUGAGUGAAAAAAAAAGAAAACCAUUCGUCACAAACCGGCACUGAAGGCAGAAAUGCUAGUGGUGUUGUUGAGGAUGUAUUUAUUGUCUUGUUAAAUGUUGUGAGUGAGUGUGUGUGCCUUAGUAGUGUAGUGAAAUGUGUUACUGUUCUGUGUUCGGCCUCCCGGUUUUCAGUCUCCCUCCGGCUGCUUCUUUUCUCUGAAGACCACUCAUUCCUGAUUGGUCCUCCCCGAAUUCUUCUUACAGUAGAAGGAGUAAAUGGAGAGAACGUAAGAGGCAGAAAUUAAGAGUACAACCAUACACCGUGACGUGGUGUUUUUUAGUGAUUUGUGUGUGUUUUGUUUCUGACAAAAGCACGCACAGGGAGCAUUUCAUUUUUAUUAUUUUAAGUUACAUGUUGUGUCCUAGGUUGUUUUCUACAAGAAGCCGGCGCAACUUUUAUUGAUAAACAGGUUGCGUGACAACAUGCAAUGCCCAGCAGCGACCCUGCACCAGUCCUGCAGAGUAAAUGUCCCUCAACAUUAGUAUUAUCUGCUUUUGACGAACAUAAUCCUACAUAUUUCAUUUAGCCAAAUUUCAGCAUGGGUGAGAACUCGAGUUCAAUAACCCGUUAGAAUGUGAUUUCAUGUUUCUUAAAGAAUGAAGGAUGAUUUUUGCACUUGUGAUUUUGUCACAAAGUACCACUGAAGUCGACCACUCCGUUAGUGCAGUGCGGUAGAGACCUGCGAUAUAGGAAGCCACUGGACUGGAGGUGCCAGGUGUGCCAAUGUAGCAUGAACCUCUGACCUUUGACCUUCGGGCUCUUAUGUAUUUAUGUACAAAGUGGUUAAUUUAAUCAAAUAGUAUAUUAUGAAUUAUUAUUAUUAUUAUUUUUGAUCUGACUAUUUUUCUAUGUGAGUAAGAGACACCUGGUUGACUGGAACGAUGGCCGACUACACUUCUAUUUGCAGGAAAGCAUUUAAGUGUUUAUUUUUUUUAAAUUUCUUUCCCUUUUUUUGCACGCUAAGUCCUCUGCUUUUAUACAACAAAGUCGAUGCAUGUCUUUGCGAUUAUUUAAGUUUACUGUCACUGUUGGUUCGGUCAACUGUAGGUUCACAAGUCUCCUGUUUACUGAAGUGCAGUAUUAAAAAGACUUGAGUGGAAAAAUGACAGAACAGACGGUGAGGGGAGUUAUUCAGGCAGAUUAUUUGGGAGAUGAAGGUCUUAAAUGUACUGUAUAAUUGACUAAGAUUUAUGAGCUUGGAAUAGUUCUUUAAUUGGAGAUCUUAAGUAUGUUUUUCUCACCAAAUUGUGUUGUAACAUUCAUGAUAACUUAUGGACUAACUCCCUAACCUAUUUACACUCAGUGUUCUGUACUGUAACAUAUUUAUGCAUACAUUAAACUGCACUGAACCCUAUCAGUAUACGGUGAAUAGUGUCAGGUAGUUAGUGUAAAACCAUUUGAUGGCAAAAAACAUUGAUGCUCUCUAACUGUACUGUUUUUGUAGUUAAGGAUUAGAGGGACUUUCGUGUAUUUGUAGCCAACAUGUCCUGCAUAUUCAUUGUUUGUCACUUAUUUAGGUCUUCACGUGGCUGUCAUUGAAAUAUAUGAUUAGAACACACUCUCCCUCUUAUAUUUUGAUGCCAGUGCACAGAUUAGCGUAGUGUUAGUGAGGAUAGCCUGAACACAUCUAUGCAAACCAUGCUCCAUCAUGACCUUGGUGUGGUGGCAGCAGCACUGACUUCACUCUCAGAUUGGUGCCAUGGGGAAACAUGAAUUUUGUCUCAGUAGGUAUAUUUCUGAGCACACUUUCAUGCUCAUGGAUUUCAAUGUUUUCUGAGCAAUAUGUCAUCGCAGCUCAUGUCUUUAUGAAAAUGACAUUUUGCCCAGUUUCAGAGGGCUCGAGAUGCCGUGAUGAUCAAAUGAAUGAUCACGCUAACUUGUGGAAAUCAGGACGACAGAAGAAAUACAUUUCUAUCCGAUCCUUUCUGCAUGGAUCCUGAAAUCGUCAACCUUGAUGUAGUUAAUUGGGAAUGACGUCCCAAACUGAUGAAGAUAUUUUUAAAAAAGCGUUUCAGCUGUUUGUUUCCCCCCAUGCCCUUCUGUCUUUUGUGUUUUUAAGUUUACAUUGUCACUCUCUGUGGCGAAAGUGAAAUAAAAUCAUAGCUAAAUGAAUUCAUUCCUUCAGAUCUACAACUGAUGUAUUUAAUUGAUGAUGAUAAUGACAUUUGUGAUGAGUAAUAAACCAUAAUAUAUUAAAUCA